UGGUUAUCAAAUGCACCAAUAAAUAAUUCAAAAGGUUCAAAUUUAUCACGUGUUUUAUCAAGAACAAAUCCAUUAACAGUUAGUAAAGCACAACAGUAUAAUAUCCAUACAUUAGAUUUAUAUGCAAAAAUGAAAGAUUAUAUGGAAUUACAUUCUAAUGACGGUGUACAUUGGACUCCUCAAGGUCAAAGAAUGAUCACAAAGUUUUUGAUUGAUCUUUAG